UAGUCUGUCUGUAAACUGAAGAGCGAGCAGCGCCUUUGGUGGGGGAAGUGGCCUUUCCCGGAAGAACGCUGCCACUGGCCUACAGGGCCACCCAAAAUCAGUUGCCCUGUUACCCGUCUAGCGGUGUAGUUCAGCGUGCAGUGAUAUACUGAUAUACGUCGUUUCUGUUUGUGGAAUCUUUGUUGCCAGCGUCAGUCAGUUGACUUUGUGUACUCACUGAUAUACUUCAGUAUCCCGAAGUGAUGGAUAAUCGCCCUGCAUUGCAAGAAAAUGUGCGGAAUACGAAGAAGAGGAGGUAUUUGCGGAGUAACGAGCGUUCGAUCGUCUCUAACGUUAUUACAGCGUGUGUUAAGGAGGCAGCACAAAAAGAACUGUUGGUUAACAUUAACAGCCCCAAUCAAAGGGCUGCAGUUUAUGCAAACGUCAGCCUCGCCACUAUAGGACGCAUAAGGAAGGAACGUGAAAACAAGCCACAUGGUUUACUGGAAUCGCCGCGAAGGAAAACUGAUAAUUUAGGGAGGAAACCCAUCGUCAUAGACAGUUUCACAAAAUCAGUCAUUCGACAAACGAUGGAGGACUUUUACAUAAACCAAAAAAUAGUGCCGACAUUACGGAAAUUGCUUAAUGCCGUGAAACAAAAAAUACAUUUUCCUUGGCAGAAAGAUGUUUUACACAAGACAUUGCGUGAAAUGGGAUUUACCUGGAAAAGAUCUGUAAGUAAACGAAAGAUUCUCGUAGAAAGAACGGAUAUAAUUGACUGGCGAUGUAAGUAUCUGAUCCAAGUGAGGAAAUUAAGGGAGCUAGGCAGAAAAUUCUUUUAUAUUGAUGAAACUUGGGUGGACAAUAACAUUACUUACAGAAAAUGUUGGCAGGGCCCUGGCGUUGAGGGCAUUAUGGACAAUGUUAGCGGAAGCAAUAGGAUUAUAGUGGUGAAUAUUGGAUCAAAAGAUGGGUUCUUACCCAACGCACAGUUGGUUUAUAAAGCGGGUUGUGCAACAGGAGACUACCAUGGGCAAAUGAACUACGAAAAUUUUUCUAAUUGGAUAUCGAAUAAAGUGAUUCCGAAUCUGCCACCGAACUGUGUUAUUGUUAUGGACAACGCUUCAUAUCACAACAACGAACACAACAAAGCUCCAACUAGGUCCUCGAAUAACAGCGAAAUGAUUGAAUGGUUAUUAAAAAAUAAGGUGGAAGCUGAGUUGACAAUGAGAAAAACAAAAUUAUUUGAUUUAAUUAAACAACAUAAGCCGGAAGACAAAGUAUUUGAAAUUAAUAAAAUACUUGAAGCCCAUGGACACACUGUGCUGCGACUUCCACCAUACAACUGUGACUUAAAUCCAAUUGAAAUGGCGUGGGCAAAGCUCAAGAAUUUCGUCAGAGGAAGAAAUAUUCUUGGAGAUAUUUGCAUGACGAAGUUGCUGCAGUUGGUGAAAGAAGGUUUUGAAACGAUAAGUCAAGAUGACUGGAGUGCAUACUGCCUCCAUGUGGAGAAACUUGAAAGAGAAUAUUGGGUUAAGGAUGGGGUUAUGGAAGACAUAAUAGACGCUAUAGUUAUUAAUUUAGAAAGUGAUGACGACGAGGACGACGACGACGACGACAGUAAUGAUAGUGACAAUGUUGAUGAUGACCUCUAAAAUACGAUGUAUGUAAACAGGCAAUGAAUAUUUUUUUGAAAAAUAUGUUGUGUGUUCUUUCAAGCCUGACUCUGCUCAUACAGUAUGAAAUUUCUUUUGGUAGAAAUGUAGUACAUGGUAGUAAAAGAUUUUCCAAGAUAAAUACAGUCAAAUGUUGUCCAAAGCAAUAAAUACCAUUAUCACUUGUUGUACAAAACCAGGAAUAACUUGAGAGCUUCAUGGUAAAAUCAAUUAACGUUUCGCUAGCAGAACGUGAUUCAAUCACGUAAUACAUUUAAUGCCUAGAGAACAGCAGCAUUUGAAUAUACUCUGUCACUAAAACUCUAUCUCGGUUACUAUUCACAUGAUUCUAAGGAAUAUUGCUUAAAACAUGUGUGCAAUAGCUAAUCUAAACACUACUGAAAUUUCUUUCGAGACACGUAUACCGAUUCUGGACUUCUAUGUAAAAAGCUUGACAUACAAGGUGCGUUCACAUAUUAAUUUUUAUUUUUUGGUAAGAACUUUACUUGUUAAUCUACAACAAUGUUAUCCUAUUCAAAAUAUUCCCCAGUACAUGCUAUACACUUAUGCCAGUGCUUUUUCCAAUUCCCAAAACACUUUAGGAAUUAUUUCCUCGGGAUAGUUCAUAGGCCUUUUGACUGCAUUUUUAAUCUCACCCAUUCUUGUAAAACUGCUGUCCUUUAAGGCCUGCUUUGAAAUGUUUAUACCACUUGUGUGUUCUGGGUUUACUCAUAAGAGACUCACCAAAAGCAAUAUUUAACAUUCCUAAAAAUUUGAUACACUUUAUUCCAUUCUUAUAACAAAAUUUAGUACAGAUUCUCUAAUCUAUUUUUAUACAAAACAAAUAAUAGUUGAUGCUACCAAAACACAUAUAACUUUUUUGACA